AUGCACUCAGCACAUAGAAGCCGACAUGCACUGACCUGGUCAGUCGGUUUGAAGCUAACACUACUGCAGCCGGAAGCCCCGCUGACAAACCCCUUCAAUAGAGCCUCAGACCCAAAGAUGGAUGCAUCAUUAUCAGCUUGCGAGUCGUCAUCCUCUGUGAAUGUGGCAGGAUAUUCGACUGCCAGUGGUUGUCAGUGCACUUGCGGAAGAAGCUUCGCUCAACUCAAUGUGUACGCAAACCACCAAAGGACAUGUAGAAAGCAGAAGAAGUAUCUUUCAAAUGCACUAGCAAAGGCCAAAGAGGUAUGGACCACAAGAAAAAAGCUGUGUAGAGAAGGCGAACAAGACGGUUUAGCUGCUCCUCCCAUCAUUGAUCAUAAUGUAGAAACUUGGACCUCGCGAGCAGGAGAAAGCGGGGUGCACCCACAGCUAGGCCAUAUAUUUUCCGGCUCAAAAUUCACAUCCGAUCAGACUACUUUCAAUGGAGAAGAGUACAGUUCAGCACUCCCAGGAUCAGGCAUCGAAAUUGAAAGCAAUGAUGGAUGUAGGCCUCCAGAGUCUUUGCAUGCAGUUGAUGACCCACAAUCACUAGCUGAGCAUCGCCCACAAUGCCUCAAUUGUCGUCUUCCCACACAGGUUUUGAGAUAUCCUCUCUCAACCUCCACCCUCAUCCCUGGCUGA